AUGGGAAGGAAAAAAAUCCAGAUCUCACGCAUUCUCGAUCAAAGGAACAGGCAGGUGACAUUUACCAAGCGGAAGUUUGGGCUGAUGAAGAAGGCCUACGAGCUGAGCGUGCUCUGUGACUGUGAGAUUGCGCUCAUCAUCUUCAACAGCGCCAACCGCCUCUUUCAGUACGCCAGCACAGACAUGGACCGCGUGCUGCUCAAGUACACGGAGUACAGCGAGCCCCACGAGAGCCGCACCAACACAGACAUCCUCGAGACAUUGAAGCGAAGGGGCGUGGGCCUUGAUGGGCCAGAGCUGGAGCCAGAUGAAGGAUCUGAAGGGUCAGGAGAAAAGCUGCGGAGAUUGGCAGGUGACGGGGGCAACCCAGCCCUGCCCCGACCCCGGCUUUAUCCAGCCACCCCCACAAUGCCCAGCCCAGACAUGGUCUAUGGGGCCCUGCCACCACCUGCCUGUGACCCCAGUGGACUCGGGGAGGCCCUCCCCGCCCAAAGUCGCCCGUCCCCCUUUCGGCCAGCAGCCCCCAAAGCUGGGCCCCCAGGCCUAGUGCAUCCUCUCUUCUCCCGGAGCCACCUAACCAGCAAGACACCACCCCCGCUGUACCUGGCAGCAGAGGGCCGGAGGCCAGACCUGCCUGGGGGCUUGGCUGGGGGCUGUGGAGGGCUGAGCACCUCGAGAGGUCUCUAUGGCAGCUUGCAGAGCCCAUGUUCAGCCACAGCUCCAGGACCCCCGCUGGGGGGGUUCCCCUUCCUCCCCACUGGACCCCCAGAAUAUGGCCUGGGAGAUCCCCCGCCACCCCCUGGCUUGCUCCAGCCCCCUGCCCUGGCCCCCUGGCAGCCAUCGAGGGGAGAAGGACCCCCAGCUGCCCCAGCCCAGCCCAGCGGGGGCCGCGGCCUGGGUGAGGAGGGCCCCCCCGUACGCGGUGCCUCCCCUACAUCCCCCCCAGUGAGCGUCAAGUCCGAGCGCGUCUCGCCGGCCCCCGGGGGCCCUGGCGAUUUUCCCAAGACCUUCCCCUUCCCGUUGCUCCUGGCUCGGCCCCUGGCAGAGCCUCUGCGGCCCGGGCCCCCACUGCGCAGGCUGCCCUCCGGGGACGGCUGGCCUCGGUAG